AUGGAAUUUCAGCUUGCACUUCUCUAUGAAAGUAAAGCAAUAAAUGGUUUACAAGUUCUGUUGCUCGAGCACAAAGAUCAUUUCAUCUUUAUUGAUAUGUACAGUACACUUGCUACAUGUUUAUCAGUAAUCGGUGAAGUGUCGGCAGCUAUAGAAGCAAACCAAAUGGCUCUAGAUAUGCUACUAAAACAUUCACCUACGAAUUAUCAAACAAUCAGCUGGAAAUAUUUCGGUUUGGCUUCCUGCUAUUUGGAAGGCAAAGCAUGGGGUCAAGCUAUACUACAUUUCAGAAAAGCCGUUGAAACAGCACGAUCAAGCAAUGAGCCAAAUCAGGAAGAUAUUCAGAUGAUGGAGUUUACGCUUCAUUUGUUGACGUAA